AUGGUCCCAAAUGAAAUGCAUCAAUACACUGGGGUUAUUCAGUUACUUCAGCAUUUUGGAUGGAAUUGGAUUGGGAUCUUGGCUGUGGAUGAUGACUAUGGGCACAUGUUUUUGCAGAAAAUUGAACCAUUGCUUUUCCAAAACAGCAUUUGUUAUGCUUUCAUAUGUAGAACACCAAGGAAGGCAUAUAUAGAUGAAUAUAUUCAGUUGCUUACAGUGCAGUUAAGAUAUGAUCAAUUCUUUGUGGAGGAUAAAGUCAAAGUGUGUUUAAUCUACGCCCUAAGUCCAGCCAUGCAAAAUCUGAGAAUGAUCAUCCUUGUAGCAUCUGUUUUUUCAUGGCCACUUUUAGGUAAAGUGUGGAUUAUUACAUCCCACUGGAAUUUUGAAUCAAUGUCUGUUCAGAGACUUUGGGAUAUACAGAGUUUCUAUGGUGCUCUAUCAUUCACAGUUCGCUCAAAAGAGCCCCCUGGAUUCCAAGAAUUUCUUCACACUGUAAGGCCAUCUUGGGCAAAAGAAGACAGUUUCAUUCAGAAUUUUUGGGAGCAGGCAUUUGACUGCCCAUUACACAUGUCCAGUAUAAAUGAAGAUAACAAGGUAUUGUGCACUGGGGAUGAGAAGUUAGAGAGUGUGCCGAGUAUAUUAUUUGAAACGAGCAUGAGUGGACACAGCUACAACAUUUAUAAUGCAGUCUAUGUUAUGGUGCAUUCUUUGGAUGUCUUACUCAAAUCCAGAUCCAGAUGUAGAAAUGCAAUAGGAACAGAACAAGUAAUAUUUCAGGAUUUACAACCAUGGCAGUUUCAUUUUGUCUUGAAAAGCAUUGUAUUCAACAACAGUAUAGGAGACACUAUUACAUUUGAUGAAAACAGACAACUGAUUACGGGUUUUGAUGUUGCAAACUGGAUUACUUUCCCCAAUAAUUCUUUUUCUCGAGUGAAGGUUGGAACAUUGGAACCUCGGGCUCCACCAGGCAGAGAAUUAACUCUUGAUGACAAUCAAAUUGUAUGGCACAGAAGCUUUAACCAGGUGCUUCCCAUUUCUACGUGCAAUGACCACUGCUAUCCAGGCUCCAGCAGAAAGAAGAAGGAAGGAGAGAAAUUUUGUUGCUAUGAUUGUGUGCCCUGUUCAGAGGGACAGAUCUCUGAUGAAAUAGAUAUGGAUGUCUGCAUGAAAUGUCCAGAAAAUGAAUAUCCCAACAACAACCAAAAUCAAUGUAUUCCCAAAGUGUUGACCUAUCUUUCUUAUGACGAACCUUUAGGAAUCCUCUUUGUUACUUUGGCUAUUGUUUUCACUUUGAUUACAGUCCCCGUGUUUGGACUAUUUUGGACGCAUCGAGAGACUCCAAUUGUCAAAGCCAACAACUGGAGCCUCACUUGUAUCCUCCUCCUUUCCCUUCUCCUCUGUUUCCUCUGCUCCUUCCACUUCAUAGGAAGACCUAAAAAGAUGACCUGCCUUCUCCGGCAAAUGACUUUUGGCAUUUCCUUCUCAGUGGUACUUUCAUCUAUACUGGCAAAAACCAUGACUGUGAUCCUGGCAUUUAUGGCAACAAAACCAGGCUCUGGAUUGAGGAAAUGGGUAGGGAAAGGACUGGCCAAUUCUAUUGUCCUUUCAGGUUCCUUCAUUCAGGUAGGAAUUUGCACUGUUUGGCUGAGUACCUCUCCUCCUUUCCCAGAUACAGACCUGCACUCACUGAAGGGAGAAAUCAUAAUGGAAUGCAAUGAAGGCUCAGUGAUCAUGUUUUACUGUGUCCUGGGUUACAUGGGCUUCCUGGCUAUUGUCAGCUUUAACAUUGCUUUUCAAGCCAGGAAGCUUCCCAGCAAUUUCAAUGAGGCUAAGUUCAUCACUUUCAGCAUGUUGGUCUUCUGCAGCGUUUGGCUGUCAUUUGUUCCAACCUAUCUGAGCACCAAAGGAAAAUACAUGGUAGCUGUGGAGAUCUUCUCCAUCUUAUCCUCCAGUGCUGGUUUACUGGGGUGUAUAUUUUUCCCCAAAUGCUACAUCAUUUUACUGAGACCUGAGAUGAACAGGAAAAAAAAUUUAGUAAGGAAGGAAUAAUAACUGGUUUUUUUUAAUGAAAUAUUUUUAGAUUAUUGUGAACUGUAUUUAUGUAUAUUAAUUUAUCUUGAUGGAAUUUUAAAAAAUUACUCUGACCUUGAUUUAACUUAAUUUAUACAUAAAACUUGAUAUGGAGAAAAGAAGCCCUUAAAAUAGAUCUGUUUCAAGAUCAAAGAAUGGAUGUGUUAUAGGCAGUUAAAUGUGAAUGAUGAUUACCUGAAUGUAAAUUUUGAUUAAUAUAAUCAGAUGUGUCCAUAUGUUGCCAAAAGCUGAAAGAAUUGCCAUAUACAUAUAUGGAAUUUUGUUAGGUUCUGUAUGCUCCUUUGGCUAAUAAAGGAAAAGUUUAUUUUGGA